GGGCGGGCGCUGCCGUACUCAGGCCGCGGGGCCAGGGCGGGCCGGCCGGCGGGGCAUUUAAACCCCGCUGACAGCCAGUCCAGCCCGGGACACGCGCCCAGCUCCGUAGCCUCCUCCGUCGACUCAGCCUUAGGUACCGGUCAGGCAAAAUGCGGUCCUCCCUGGCUCCGGGAGUCUGGUUCUUCCGGGCCUUCUCCAGGGACAGCUGGUUCCGAGGCCUCAUCCUGCUGCUGACCUUCCUAAUUUACGCCUGCUAUCACAUGUCCAGGAAGCCUAUCAGUAUCGUCAAGAGCCGUCUGCACCAGAACUGCUCGGAGCAGAUCAAACCCAUCAAUGAUACUCACAGUCUCAAUGACACCAUGUGGUGCAGCUGGGCCCCAUUUGACAAGGACAACUAUAAGGAGUUACUAGGGGGCGUGGACAACGCCUUCCUCGUCGCCUAUGCCAUCGGCAUGUUCAUCAGUGGGGUUUUUGGGGAGCGGCUUCCGCUCCGUUACUACCUCUCAGCUGGAAUGCUUCUCAGUGGCCUUUUCACCUCGCUCUUUGGCCUGGGAUAUUUCUGGAACAUCCACGAGCUCUGGUACUUUGUGGUCAUCCAGGUCUGUAAUGGACUCGUCCAGACCACAGGCUGGCCCUCUGUGGUGACCUGUGUUGGCAACUGGUUCGGGAAGGGGAAGCGGGGGUUCAUCAUGGGCAUCUGGAAUUCCCACACAUCUGUGGGCAACAUCCUGGGCUCCCUGAUCGCCGGCAUCUGGGUGAACGGGCAGUGGGGCCUGUCGUUCAUCGUGCCUGGCAUCAUUACUGCCAUCAUGGGCGUCAUCACCUUCCUCUUCCUCAUCGAAUACCCAGAAGAUGUGGACUGCGCCCCUCCUCAGCACCACGGUGAGCCAGCUGAGAACCAGGACAACCCUGAGGACCCUGGGAACAGUCCCUGCUCUAUCAGGGAGAGCGGCCUUGAGACUGUGGCCAAAUGCUCCAAGGGGCCAUGCGAAGAGCCUGCUGCCAUCAGCUUCUUUGGGGCGCUCCGGAUCCCAGGCGUGGUCGAGUUCUCUCUGUGUCUGCUGUUUGCCAAGCUGGUCAGUUACACCUUCCUCUACUGGCUGCCCCUCUACAUCGCCAAUGUGGCUCACUUUAGUGCCAAGGAGGCUGGGGACCUGUCUACACUCUUCGAUGUUGGUGGCAUCAUAGGCGGCAUCGUGGCAGGGCUCGUCUCUGACUACACCAAUGGCAGGGCCACCACUUGCUGUGUGAUGCUCAUCUUGGCUGCCCCCAUGAUGUUCCUGUACAACUACAUUGGCCAGGACGGGAUUGCCAGCUCCAUAGUGAUGCUGAUCAUCUGUGGGGGCCUGGUCAAUGGCCCAUACGCGCUCAUCACCACUGCUGUCUCUGCUGACCUGGGGACUCACAAGAGCCUGAAGGGCAACGCCAAAGCCCUGUCCACGGUCACGGCCAUCAUUGACGGCACCGGCUCCAUAGGUGCGGCUCUGGGGCCUCUGCUGGCUGGGCUCAUCUCCCCCACGGGCUGGAACAAUGUCUUCUACAUGCUCAUCUCUGCCGACGUCCUAGCCUGCUUGCUCCUUUGCCGGUUAGUAUACAAAGAGAUCUUGGCCUGGAAGGUGUCCCUGAGCAGAGGCAGCGGGUAUAAAGAAAUAUGAGGCCCCAAUUGGAACAGCAGCAUGGAGGGUCCCAGUUGGGUCCCCAACGUGCUCCCCAUGGGCAAGACAAUGGAAACUUCCACAAGUAGGGGAGGCAAACCCUCUUUAUUGAACAUUAGCCAGCCCAGCCCAGACCCAGGGCUGCCUAAGGACACAGAGAUUCUCCAUGGGAAGGGGACUGCCAAGCAUGAGGAAAUAGAAGAUUCAGGGGCCUGAGCUCUGGAAGCUGCAAGCAAAAGGGAUGGGACUAGGGCUGAGUUGUGUCUCCAUUUUGAUAAGGAAAGGAUAUGCUCAGACUCUUGCUUGUUCAGAUUCCAAGACAGAAGGCUUCACAAGGCCAAGGCCUGGAAAAUGUGCAUCUCUCCUUCCCAUGUUAAAUUUUAACCUCUGUAAUCUGCCUGUAUCUAUAGGUGGGCAUCUCACUCCAUCAAAGGAGCCCAGCCUCUCUUUGUCCCUCUAUCCAUGAAACAGUCUUCUCUGUGCAUUUCCCCAAGCUGGGCCCUCUUCUACUCUCCAUUUAGGCCUGUUGAUAACUCCAUUACCCACCCAUCACUGCUGUUCCUCCAGGGCCAGCACUCGGGCGAGGCAGGGGAGCUGCCUUCGGUACAUAAUUUGAAGGGGCACUCCCUCUUGGGCACAUGCUGGCCCUGAGUGCCUCCCUUGCCUCACUCUGAUCCCGGCCCCAUAAUGUCCUCAGUGGAAGGUGACUGGGGGCCGGUGCUGUGGGGAGAGUAGAAAGAGGGGUUGGCAUGACUAAAAAUACCAGUAUGUGUAUUAAGUAUUUUGAGAAUGAAGUGCCAAGGAGUGCCUACUGUAUGCCAGCUCUGCUCUAGGAAUGGAGUAGACAGUGGACACAAGAAGGACUUACGCCCUGAGCACAGGUGCCAACGGUGACAAGACUGGCAAGACGUGAGGGCAUGAAUGGUUCAUUCAGGCAGCUGCUGCAGGUGUGGUCAGCUGGUGCCAUCUGCUGCUCCCUUUUCCACUUUUCUAUGUCCUCCUUCCACCCCAAGUCCCGGAUCACUCGCUGUCUUCUGGCUAGCUCUUGGCAUCUCCAUCUGAGCCUAAAGUUGCCCACUGGCACCAAUAGAUUCUGUUUGACCUGCUGUGCCCAUGCUCAUCUUUGUCAGGGCUUGGCUUGGCAGCGAGCGAGGCUGGCAUGGGGUGCUGAAGUGGGGUCUCAGUGAGGGGUGAGAGCGUGCUGGCAGUCCUCACAGCCCUCGCUCGCUCUCGGCGCCUCCUCUGCCUGGGCUCCCACUUUGGCGGCACUUGAGGAGCCCUUCAGCCCACCGCUGCACUGUGGGGAGCCCCUUUCUGGGCUGGCCAAGGCCAGAGCAGGCUCCCUCAGCUUGCAGGGAGGUGUGGAGCGAGAGGCGUGAGCGGGAACCGGGGCUGCGUGCAGCGCUUGCGGGCCAGCUGGAGUUCCGGGUGGGCAUGGGCUUGGCGGGCCUGCACUCGGAGCAGCCGGCCGGCCCUGCCGGCCCCGGGCAGUGAGGGACUUGGCACCCAGGCCAGUGGCUGCAGAGGGUGUACUGGGUCCCCCAGCAGUGCCGGCCCACCUGCGCUGUGCUCAAUUUCUCACUGGGCCUUAGCUGCCUUCCCGCGGGGCAGGGCUCGGGACCUGCAGCCCGCCAGGCCUGAGCCUCCCACCCGCUCCAUGGGCUCCUGUGGGGCCCGAGCCUCCCCGACGAGUACCACCCCCUGCUCCACGGCACCCAGUCCCAUCGACCACCCAAGGGCUGAGGAGUGCGAGCGCACGGCGCGGGACUGGCAGGCAGCUCCACCUGCAGCCCCGGUGCGGGAUCCACUAGGUGAAGCCAGCUGGGCUCCUGAGUCUGGUGGGGACGUGGAGAGUCCUUAUGUCCCGCUCAGGGAUUGUAAACACACCAAUCAGCACCCUGUGUUUAGCUCAAGGUUUGUGAGUGCACCAGUCGACACUCUGUAUCUAGCUGCUCUGGUGAGGCCUCGGAGAACCUUUAUAUCUAGCUCAGGGAUUGUAAAUACACCCAUCGGCACUGUGUAUCUAGCUCAAGGUUUAUAAACACACCAAUCAGCACCCUGUGUUUAGCUCAAGGUUUGUGAGUGCACCAAUCAACACUCUGUAUCUAGCUGCUCUGGUGGGGCCUUGGAGAACCUGUGUGUCGAAGCUCUGUAUCUAACUAAUCUGAUGGGGACGUGGAGAACCUUUGUAUCUAGCUCAGGGAUUGUAAACGCACCAAUCAACGACCUGUCAAAACAGGCCACUUGGCUCUACCAAUCAGCAGGAUGUGGAUGGGGCCAGAUAAGAGAAUAAAAGCAGGCUGCCCGAGCCAGCAUUGGCAACUCGCUCGGGUUCCCUUCCACACUGUGGAAGCUUUGUUCUUUUGCUCUUUGCAAUAAAUCUUGCUACUGCUCA